CAAUACCAAAAUGGCAAACAAGGUAGAAACCCUAGUUGCUAGUGCUGCAAUCAAAUGCCCAGCUGAUAAGUUCUACAAUUUCUUCAAGCUCGACAUGAACGAAAUUGUCAAGAUAUUCCCGGCCGCCUUCACCGGAGUUGAGCUCGUUGAAGGGGAGGAGGGCGCCGUUGGCUCCAUCAAGAUCUGGCACUAUAUUAUUGGAGCGAUUCCAACAACUGCAAAGGUUCUGACAGAGGCGAUAGAUGAUGCUGCAAAAAUCAUCACAUUUUCUGUUUUGGAAGGAGAUCUUCUGCAAUUGUACAAGAGUUAUAAAGCGACUCUUAGUGUGAGUGAUGGUUUGGCAAAAUGGAGCAUUGAGUAUGAGAAAGCUACUAUCCUUUCUCCACCUCCUCAGCUAUAUGUUCCUCUUGCCGUUACUCUCUGCACUCUCGUCGAUGCCUAUCUUCUCAUCAACUGAGUUGCAAUCGUUUCAUCUCCUAUAUUAUCCUACUGUCUAAUUAUGUGUGUCGAUGUUACUGUUUGGAAUUGAUAUAUUAUGUGUAUCACACCAUGUCGUGUGAUCAUAUAUAUAUUCAUUACAAGUUUCCCUUUGUGUCAUAAUAUUCCUAUAUAAUUAAUGACAUACUUUCUGUUUCGUGUUUUUAAA